AAGAGCACAGCAGAAUCUAAGCAGCACGCAGCAGCCUCAGUGUGAUCGCCAGGCCUUCAUACAGCAACACCUUUAAGGAGCGUGUGGUCCUCAGACUCGACAACAAUGUCACUGAAAAACGGCAACACGGUAGCCGUGGAGAGACGCAUGGAUCUAGCAUCUCUGUUCUGCAUGAUCGGGCGGCACGGUCCCGCCGUUGCCGUUGCUGUCAUAGCGAUGGUGUCCGUGCUGGCGGGUUUCAUCAUUUACAGGACCGUGAAGGGGAAGCGGAGGAAGGCCACAGCCGACAGUGAUGACAAGACCCCCGGAGCUGAGAGAGACGCAUCGGUCCAGCCGAGCCCAGAGGAAUUACACCCCCCUGUAGAGGCAACAGACCUGAGUGAUGACGGCUCAUUGGAUUUGAAGGAGGAUGAUGAUCUGACUCAAAAUGAUAACACAAUAAGGCGUCGCUCUGCUGCUGCUGCUGCUGCUCCUGCUGAGAAAGCACCCUCACCUUAUUAUCCUCCUAUGAUGAAAGACAUCCAAGUACCAGAAAACCAGUACACCUCUUCAGAUGACACAGUGGGAAUGGCAUUUGUCGAGCACUCUUACAGAGUAGCUGAGACUUGUGCAGAAGAGGCCAGUCAGAGCCUGCUAAGUGGUGCUGACACUGAAGCUGAAAUGGUGGUUGAGGAUUCAGUUUAUUGCUACCACAUUACAACAAAUGACAUUACUGAGGAUGUCAUGGAAGAGGUCCAUGAUAUAAAAAGCUGUCUAAAGGAGCCUGAUGAGAAUCAUGAUGAGGAAGAGAAGGUAAUGAAGGAGGAAUUCCAAGAAGCUGAGGGUGCAAUCAUAGACCGGGAUUCAUCUGACAGGAAAACCAAACAAGAGGGCAAAACCAGUCAUAUCAGUGAAAACGUUGAUGUUAAGGGCGUAAGCGUUAAUGAAUUCCCAGGUGAGAGAAACAGAAUGGGAUCCAGCUUGGAAGAACCUGUCAUUUAUUUGGAAGAUGCACCUGUCCCUUGUAUUUGUAACAUCAAUGAUGAGGAGCUUGUGGAAGAGAAUAUAGAUAGUGUUGUUUUCAGCAAUACUGGCAGUUUUCACCUCUCUACAGAGGAGGAGAAGAAAGCUGAGUGUGAGGUGGCAGAGGAGGAGUGUAAAGAUUACUGGCUAAUUACCCAACAAGCUGUGAUUCACUCUUCAACAUCUGAACAAGAUAUAAAUCUACCAUCUACUAAGCAGGACCAGAGCGAUCAUGCCACAGAUGAGGUGGUUCCUCUGAUUCAGGAUCAUGUUGAAAUGUCUAAGGAAGUUUCUGGUAAAGAACAAGUGAACAAACUUACUGCUAUUGACACAGACAUGCCACAGCUCAAUGAGAAUGAAGGAGAGAUUGAACAAAAGAAGAGAAAUGGGUUUACUUGUAGUCAAGAGGAUGUUGUUCUUGAUGACAGUGAUGAUAAAAUGAAAGGGAACAGGUUGGAAAAUGAUGACAUUGCUGCCCAUAUUGAAGAAUGUGAGACUUUGAUUGUUGAAAACAACCCUGAUCUGUGCUGUUUGAGUGCACACAUAAAAGCAGAAACCAAAAACGAUGGUCUCUCAGGGGUCAUCACUGAUGCAAAAACUGACAUUGAUACUGAGGAUAAGACACUGAGGAUUGAUACUGAGGAUAAGGCUACUGAUUCUACAAUUCUGGGGUCUCAGAUGCCUUCCCAUGAUGCUGGCAGUGAGCCUGAAAACACUGAAAAUGACACAACAGUGUUGUUGGAAGAAAAAUGCACUGACCUGGUGUGUGAGUCUGAUGUUCCUUCUUGCCCAGAAGACCAACAAAGUAUCCAAAAGAUACAAAAUGAAGAUAUUGACAAGGCUGGUGAAAACAUUAAUUUCUCUAUAACAGCUGAAGAAGUAACUCCUCCACAUGUGUCCUCUUGCUACAGAGAGCAGAAAACUGUUGAAAAGAUUGAUCAUGACUUUGAGAGUGUUGCUGCUAUUGCUGAUGCUCUUGUAAGUAUAACUGCGGCUGAAGAAACACCUUUUCCUCAACUGAUUUGCCAAGAUCAACAAAGUGACCAAAUGGACAGUCCAAAUUUGGAUGUGACAGAGGUAACUUUUGCUUCUGAUACUGCUGUGUGCAAUAAUGUUUGCCCUAACGCACUUUUAAUUGCACAAGAAAUGACUUCCUCUGACAUGUUAUCUUCCCCCCAAGACCAACAAAAUGACCAUGGGAAAAAUUCUGAAACUUUUGAUGAGGUGGAGGUUGCUGCUGCAUCUGAUGCCCCUGCUUGCAAUGCUAGCUUGAUCGAGCCAUUUAUAGCUGUAGAAAAACCUCAUCCUGACUCAAUGCCCCCCAACCAAAACCGAUUAGUUAUUGAUUUGGAAAAUACUGAAACUCCAGAUGAAACAAGAGCUACUUCUGUUUCUGAUACAUUUGCUUGUGAUAAGGCCAGCAUUGCUUCAACUACAAUAUCUGAAGAAACAUCUCAUGAAGACAUGAUGUCCGUCUGCCAAGAUGGACUUAGUUAUUCAGUGAAAGAUAAUGAUUUUCCUGGAAUGACCACUGGUGUUGCCCCUGUGGCUGUAGACAUUAGCUCUCCCAUGUGUCCAAUUUAUUUGCCAUCUUUCGAGCAAAGUGAGCUGUGUGAUAAUGACUUAUCAUCUCCUGGUCUUGGUAAGGAGAGUGGGAUUUCAAGCAUGGCUGUCAGCCCAGACCUUCAAGAUGCCAGUAAUGCAUUUGAUGUGACUGUUGAAAAUAUUGUGGUUCCAGUCAGAGACUGUGAUCUUCUGUUUUCUGCACCAACAGAAUCUAGAUAUAGCCUCUUUGCUACUGAUGUAGCUGUAUCUUACAGUAAUGAAAAUAAAGCAGCUAUGAUAUUUGGACCCUAUCCCUCACAUCCACCGAAGCCAUCCCACAGUGAUGUUGAAGACUGGAUAAAUUCUGAAUCUUUUGCAGCCAAUGAGGACAUGUUUGGUCAUGAGAUUGAGGAUAGGUACCACAGAGAAAUGGAUCAGUUUAUGGCACAGAUAGUCGACAGUGUUACUUGCCUUGCUGAUGAGUUAAAAGAGGAGACAGAAAAGAAGGCUGUUGAGGUUGUAAGGAUAAUUGAGAAGAAAGCAGAAGUAGGUGUUGAAAAGAAAGGAGAGUCAAAAGAAGAAGAGGAUGAAGCAGUAGACUUUGAAAAGACUGACAUCAGUAUCAUGGAGGCGACUAUGGACAAUAAUGAAUGGAUCACAGAUAGUAACUACCCAGUACUUCCAUGGAUGAACCUUUCUGCCCCAACUAUUGCCCAAGACCACACAAAACAAAACAAGAUGUCCACUGAAGAGAGCUCUGCUGAGACAGAAAACACUUGUUUAGAUACAACAGAUGUCCCACCUGCCACUGAGGUCAAACAAAGCUGCACUCUCUCCCCUGCUGAUGAAAACUCUGAAAAUUACAAAAAGGUUCUAGCUGUCCAGCCUAUGCCCCAGAGCGUCAACGUUACCUUCCGUGUCCAUUAUUUUCCUCAGUCACCAUAUCAGACGGUGGCUGUCACAGGAAACCAGCAGGAACUGGGGAACUGGAAGGAAUUCAUCCCACUCGAAAGGGCCAAAGAUGGGCACUGGGCCGUAUUGGUCAGCCUGCCUGCAGAGAGCCAUGUGGAGUGGAAGUUUGUGCUGUUGGACAAGGGGGAGGUGUGUCGCUGGGAGGAAUGCGGUAACCGCCUCCUGGAGACAGGAUCCGGAGAUGACUUGCUUGUGCACAAAUGGUGGGGAUUCUUGUAAGAAGUGAGCUAAGAGGAAUGAUUGUGGCAUGAUCUGUCACUGCUCAGUACUGAAUAUUGGACUUAAUUCUAGUAAGAUUUAUUUUCAGGCUCACUUAGGAACUGCAAAAAAAACAGUUAGGUAAAAAUGACUUCUAAUGAUCUGUUGGCAGGAUUUAAAAAACCUAUUUUCAGUUCUUAAUAGAUAAGUAUGUUUCCAGAAUUUCAAAAUGUUUUUAUUAUUGAUUACAGUUACGGUAAAAACAGAUUAGCUUGUUCAUGUUUUUAUCUUUGACAACAAAAAUAUGUUAUCUUACACAGUCACGGCUUGUGAUAAGCAUUUUUACUACUGCCUGAAAUUGUAUUGACUAGAAAGUCAUUAAAUCAAUCGCUGCAGCUCAUUGUUUUAGAAUCUAAUUUACAAUGGAAAAGUCUUACAAUUUUUAAUCUUAAACCUUGUUUAGCCCCAAUUCCUUGACCUGCAAAUUUAGAACACAGUGAUUACUGGAGUCCAUGGUAAUCUGAUGGGAUUGCCCUUGAUAUGGCCAGUCAUUAAAUGGAUCUUUCAGGGCACUGAAAGGAUUUCCAUUAGGAGAGCAGUAUUACAUUAAAAAAAAAACAUUUUGUGUGGCUUUAUCAAUGAUUAUGCAAACUACACUUCUUUAGAAAUGCAAGUUUUAAAUUUUAUAAGAAGAGUAUCUUAUAUUGUCUGUAUGCUGCUUGAAAACUCCCAAUGAUGUAUUAAAAAUAAAUGCACAUAGUUCACUUUUCUUACAGCAAUAAUCAAAGCAAGCAAUAUUUCUGUAUGACUUAUGUUAUAUCAGGUAUUCUAAUGUGUUAACCACUAAACUGUGACAUAGUUGUAACAUUUAUGCUGCUUUUGUCUUCUGGGACUGCAUGCAAUAUUGUUGUUGUUCUAUAAUUGUGCCUUUAAGCCAUAAUUUUUCUACUAAUGCAGAGAAACAUUGUGACUUUUCUUUUAAAACGUGUGCCAUUUUUUUCAAUAUAAAUUAUAUUGAUGAACUAAAUCAAUUGUUUCUUAAAACUGUUGCGGUCAGUUUGGUAUCAGUGUUAAUUCCUAAUCAGCUUAGUCUAUAUUCUAUAUAUCUUGAAUCAUAUCAAAGUUUCUUACAGUAUAUGCAAUCAUGUGAUGAUAAAGCUACUGUUAAAUGUCCUUAUGGUGAUGUUAAUGAAAUAAAGA